AUGCAGUCAGACAAUCACCACCAGCACCCUGCUGACGACGCUGAUCGCCAGAACCGUUUCCUGUCCUCACAUGGCUCCGAUACACCUACCAGAGAACGCGCCGCUAGCCAGCCCCCGCGAACCUCCACCCAGGGGUUCUUCUCGUCCCCCUACCAGUCUGUCCGCCAUAACUCAGGAGCAGUCUGGCCCCGCCUCUCUUCAGGCCUAAACCCCAAUUCCAUCAAUGGCUCCCUGCCCCAGUCGGUUCCCACGCGUAGCGCUUCUUUCUCCUCAUCCCCACCAAGCGGCCAGGCCAUGUUUCCUUCCGCCAUGCGCGACUCUCGCUUUGCGUCCACAUUCGAGGACGACGAGUCCGAGGCCCUCUCCGACACCCAGGACCCGUACGAGCACAGGUCGCAGUCCUUGGCCACCAUGAGGCCAGGUCCCAUCGGCACCAGGGUCCCAAGCAGCUCGGCGAACGUCUGGCCAGAGUCGACCCUCACUCCUCCGCAGAGCAUCCCGCGAUACAGCGAUAUGAAGCCGCCUGGCAGCCGUUAUGGCUCCCUCGGGGGACUUGCGAGGUCUUCUUCCAAUGGCUAUUCUCAUGGUUCCAUCACGGAUCACUCGAACGUGAGCCCUUUUGUUCGAGAUGUCGGCCAGAUUUUGCUCGACGACAGUUCCGCAUUUCGCGAGCUUUGGGCUAGGAACCCCCCGAGAGACGAGAACGGUGGCGGCGGCAGUGGCACGACCAGCCGACGCCACAGCGUCAGUGUCGUCCAGCCGCGACGGCCGACCAUCGUCGGCUUCAAUGCCCCAGGUGCGGAUGGUCCCGACGAGCCUGUCCGUUCUGGCACUUUUCACCCCGCAUCGUUCGCGGGGGGAGGAGGCCUGUUGCUCACGGACGAGGAACUUGCCGAUGACCUCAACAUGCUCAGCCUCAACGCACGCAACGAGUCGCGCCCGCCAGCGUCCGGGCAUCCUUCCAGCCAACCCACCUCUCUUCCCAUCUACGCUCCACUGUCGCGGAGCCCUCCCUCAGCGGAUCGCGUCUCGCCAUAUCAGCCGCUCCAUCUCAACAUCUCAGGCGCCGGCUCAUUUGCAUCUCGCCAGCCCGUGGGCUCUCCCAGCGACAGCGGGCUCUCUGCCGGAAGUCCGUCCCGCGGCCAGCUUGACACUGCAACGCAGGACAACCUGUUCAGCGGUGCUGGCAGAGAAGGGGGCCGGCAGGUGUCGCACCAGGUCCUAGCGCGCUUCGUGCCCGGCCAGGGCAUCCAAGAUAUACCAGAGCAGAAUGUGCUACCCUCGCCGAUCUCGCCGUCCGUGCUGCGCCCGAGCCUCUACGCACAGCAGCUGCAGCUGCAGCGGCGCCCAUCGGACGCGAGCAAGCCGCUGACCGAGCUCGGGCGCGGCGUCCCGCUGCACUCCGUCCCGACCUCGUGGCCGCUCUUCAUCGUCGAGUUCAAGGCGGGGCGUACGGACCUGUUCUACUGCACGGACCUCACGCUCGACAUCCGUGUAGGCGACCUCGUGAUCGUCGAGGCCGACCGUGGGAAGGACUUGGGAAAAGUCGUGAACGAUACCAUUACGCUGGCGGAGGUGGAGGCGUUCCAGAAGCAGCAGAAGUUAAUGAACAUUGGGUAUGCGGACGCGCACGGCGUGCCCACGAGUCCCACCGGCGUUGGGCCGAGCGGGGGCAAGGAUAUCAAUCCAAAGAUGAUAUAUGGGAAGGCGCAACAUUCGGAUACGCACGGACUCGCGUCUAAAUUGCAAGAUGAAGCCAAAGCGCUGGAGCUAUGUAGAAGUAAAGUUCGGCAGCGAAAACUGCCCAUGGAAGUUGUCGAUGCAGAAUACCAAUGGGAUCGACGUAAAUUAACGUUCUAUUUUGUCGCCGAGAAGCGGAUCGAUUUCCGAGAACUUGUGCGAGAAUUAUUCCGAUUGUACAAGACCAGAAUCUGGAUGGCCUCCCUGGGUGGCACCGGCAAUUUUGACCAAUGA